UCAACAAUCUAGGUGGAAGUUAAGUUCUUAUUCUUGUAGUUCCCAUUUUUAAGUUCUUUUUGAACACAUUUCUUUUUCCCUUUCUAGACUUGUGAGUUCAUCAAACUUCAUCUUGUGUAUAGUGGCUCUAAUAGCAGCAUUGUGACUGCAGGUUCAUUGUGGGAAUGGAAAGGCAUUCUCAUAAGGAAUUUGGGAUUUUUCCUUGACAUGGCAACACUAAUAAUGGCCCUUGGUCAUUAUGUGCAUAUUUGGUGGCUUCGUGGCAUGGCAUUCCAUCUUGUGGAUGCAGUACUUUUCUUGAAUAUUCGUGCAUUACUAAGUGCAAUUCUGAAGCGUAUAAAAGGAUUUAUCAAACUGAAAGUUGCCCUGGGGGCCCUUCAUGCAGCACUUCCUGAUGCAACAUGUGAAGAGCUACGGGCAUAUGAUGAUGAAUGUGCUAUUUGUCGGGAACCCAUGGCUAAGGCUAAAAGGUUAAACUGUAAUCACCUUUUCCAUCUGGCAUGCUUGCGUUCUUGGUUAGAUCAAGGUUUAAAUGAUGUUUACUCUUGUCCCACCUGUCGAAAGCCACUUUUUGCUGGUAGACCUGAAAAUGAAUCAAACCCUCGUACUGGUGAAAUUUCAACUGACGAGCAGUUAGCUCGACAGCUUGAUAGGCAAAAUAAUUCCAGACAUACUCUGCCCACUGGGGUAUUCCCUAAUCAGAUGCAUAAUUCUAUGGAAGGUGGUCCUUGGAGGAGUACCGAAUUGGAUUCAACUUGGCUGCAUACUUGGCCUAGCCAGGGUGCUGAUGGAGCUGGUCCCUCUAACGCGAUCAGGUCAGUUGGUUUAGGAAGAGUUCAGAUGAUGAUGAGGCAUCUUGCAUCAGUUGGAGAAACCUAUGCCCAGACUGCCCUAGAAGAAGCUGCUUGGAGCCUUUGGCCAAUGAAUCCGGCGCAGGCAUCAGCAUCUAGUUCACCAAUUCCUCCUGCUAUUGGUGGAAGAUACCCAGGGAACUCUGGUGGUUUACAUAUAAGGACUACCACUAGAAUGGGAAAUGAAACUAUAGCAAAUAUACUUGCAAUGGCUGAGACUGUGAGAGAGGUUUUGCCUCAUGUGCCAGAUGAGAUGAUUUUCCAGGACUUGCAGCGAACAAAUUCAGUUACUGUUACUGUGAAUAACCUCCUCCAAAUGUGAUAAUGCAGUUCAUUGCGUUUUCUGUUGUCAUGUUCUUUCAUUUGAAAUUUAGAAGUUUGGCAGAGGCCACUUGUUGAAAUUUAGCUCACAGAUUUCUCGCAAUGUUUUUGUUCUUGCAAAUAUUUGGAAGCGUCAUUCUGUGUCUUAAUUCUUACAAAUAUUCAGAAACUUCAUUCUGUAUAUAAAUGCCUCUCACAACAACAGUUCCUAUGGAAAGGUGGAAAAGAUGCAAAUUCCCUUUGUUGUUUUCCGAGGAAAUAGAAAAGAAAAAAAGAUACUCUCUGUAUACGAACUGGCUGUUCAUAAUUGUGGUUCUGAUCCUGCUUUGGCUUCAUUCUCCGGCAACAGUUGUCACUUGAGAUCAGUUUGUUUCGAAGUCUUUGAUGAUUUACUUGAGACCACCGUCUUGAAAAUGUAUAAUUUAGAAAUAAAUGGAAGAUGUUAUUGUUGUUGAAUA